UAAGUAAUCUCUACACCCAGCAUGGGGCUCGAACCUACAACCCCAAGAUCAAGAGUUGCAUGCUCUACAAACAAAGCCAGCCAGGCACCCCCUCACAUGAAUUUCUUUGACUCUAGAAGUUCACAAAUGAAAUAAGGAGACAAGGGAGGAAGAAUGUCUUGAAUCUGGAAGUAGAGGAGGUGGUCUUUCUUAGAGGGGUAAAGCAGAGCCAGGGGUAUAAAGCCACACCCCCUUAGGGGGACUGUGGCAGACUGAUACUUGGGACACCCAAUGGAAGACUGUGAGGUCAGGGGCGGGGCUAGCUCCAGGGGGGGGGCCAGGAGCCCCAACAGCAGUUCAGAGCAUGCGGUGUCCAGGAGGAAGCUACAACCGGUGAGUGGUUGCUUCUCCCCAGCUGAGACUUUCCUCCCACUACACCCUGCUUUUUGUCCCCUUCCUACCAACCUGUAGCCUUCUCCCUGAGGUGUCCAAGUAGUAAUCCUCCCCACAAGGGUCCUUACUCAUGGUGAGUCCACACUGAGGAAUAUCCCUACCAGGCACUGAGACACUUAGAUCUGUCUCUUAGUAUCUGGGUUCCCAGUUCUCUUCUUAAAAGCCAGUGUGGUAGUUUUGAUAUGUGAUGAAUUUCUGCCUCAUUGGCUCUUUCUAUUUGUUGCUUUGGGCUUAUGAAAAACAAAAUCACCCCAUCUCCUUAUCCUAAAAUCUGGAAAGAAAAUAGCCUCCCUCUAUACAGAUCCCAUUUUCCUUUCUCCUGCUUCUUCAGGGGUCAAAACUUUCUCCAAAAUCUCUCCAUCCUUGAUCGGAACCUUGUCUUCUGUGGCUUCUGCUCUCUCAACCCACUGGAUGGGACUCUCUUCUCGGUCCUUCUCUGAGGACAUGUUCUAGAAGUUUCAGCCAUAGGGAGAUAAUCAACUGAUGCUGCCUUGCAGCAAUGACCUCAGUCUUACUGUCCUUUCUGCCUCUCAAGGCUACUCAGCUCCAUGUGAUGGGGUGAAGGUGGGGUUGGGGGGUCACACUAGUUUUCAAAACUCUCCCAUGAAGCUGUGUCUUGCUCCAUCCCUAACUGCCAGGGCUGACUGGGUCUUACGGUGAUUUCUUUGUCUGGAAAGAAGAAAGCCUGGCCUGCUCCAAGGUCUUUCCUUGUAGAAGGGCUUAGAGUAGCAGAAGUAUCGGCAUCUGCUCUUUUUUAAGUAGAGACUGCCAAUUGGCAGGGCCCAUCUAUACUAGCCUUAAACCCACUAUUUGAUAUAGUCACUAACUGCCUGGUCCGUACUCUUUAAGUCCUGAAUAUGGUCUAAUUUCCAUUCUCCUGCCAACCCCCUCCUCACCCAUACCCUGUGGUCCAUUAUGAUUCUGGAUAAGCUCAGGUCCUCUCUUGGGUUAGUUUAUUUGUUGCAUUCAGGGCACAAAGAACUCUGAACCAGCAACUCACUCUUUCUCCCCUCACCUCCACAGGCUUGAGAAUAUGCUGUUCCUCUCUCCCCUUUCCAUCAUGGACCCCACACUGUGGCCUUUCUUUCAGGUCCUCUGAGACUGGUACCCAGGCAAGGCACAAUGCCCCUGUUCCCGACGACAAGACUGCUUAGCCCCUAUGGCUCUGAUCGGCUGGUACGGCUAGCAGCCAGGCUCCGGCCAGCACUGUGUGAUACCUUGAUCACUGUGGAAAGCCAAGAAUUCCCUGCCCACAGCCUGGUCUUGGCAGGUGUGAGCCAGCAGCUGGGCCGCAGGGGCCGCUGGGCUCUGAAGAAAGGCAUCAGCCCUUCUACCUUUGCCCAGCUUCUGUACUUUGUUUAUGGGGAGAGUGUAGAACUGCAGCCUGGGGAACUGGGACCCCUUGAGGAAGCGGCCAGAGCCCUGGGGGUGCAGUCUCUGGAAGAGGCAUGCAGGAAGGCUCGACGGGACAGGGCUAGAGAACUAGGUCCAGGGCUCAAGGAACAUCAGGAGGAGCCAGAGAAACCCACAAAGGAUUCUGAGAGCGGACUGGAGGGACAUGGAGAGCAGAGACCAGAGACAUUUGUUAGAGCUCGUUGGAGAGAACAAGAGGCACUGCAUGAGCAAAGGCCACCAAAAGACAGCUCUGAGAGAGCAGAGGCAAUGAAGGAGGGUGUGGAAAAACUUAAGCAAUCCCCUAAUGGCCAUGCAGGAACAGAUGGGAAGCAAGACGGGAUUAUGUGGGUGACAGAGAGUCCAGGGGGCUCUGAGGAAGGUCUGCGGGAGUUCUCUGGCCCCCUUCCCCCACCAGGUUCCCUCCAAACAAGCGUCAUUCCUAGGCCCUGGUGGGCUGAGGCCCCUUGGUUGGGGGAGGGCCAGCCCGCCCUGUGGAGCAUCCUGCUGUUGCCACCCAGAUAUGGCACUCCCUUCUCCCAUAGCACCCCCAUCACUGGAGCCUGGCAGGAGGUCUGGCCUCGGGACCAGAGGAUUCCAUUGUCCCUGAACCCUGAGAAAGAUCUCUGGAACCAGAACCAGUUGGCCAACUCCAGUCCUGCUGCAGGUUUCCUCCCCCAGGGCCCCACAAGGCUCAGCCCUGGGGAGAUGAAAGAGUCUGAUCAGAGGCACACAGGUGCACUUGCAACCUGUGUGGGUCAUGUGAGUAGAGCAGGCCCAUCUCGCCAACAACCUCCCCCACCCCCACCUGCUCGGUCUCGGCCCUAUUCUUGUUCUGUCUGUGGAAAAAGGUUCUCACUCAAGCAUCAGAUGGAGACGCACUACCGAGUCCACACAGGAGAGAAGCCCUUCUCCUGUAGCCUCUGCCCCCAGCGCUCCCGGGACUUCUCAGCCAUGACCAAGCACCUGCGGACGCAUGGGGCCGCACCAUACCGCUGCCCUCUGUGCCAGGCCGGCUGCCCCAGCCUGGCCUCCAUGCAGGCGCACAUGCGCGGCCACUCGCCCAGCCAGCUCCCACCUGGAUGGACCAUUCGCUCCACCUUCCUCUACUCCUCUUCUUCGAGGCCGUCCCGGGCCUCGACCUCUCCCUGUAGGUCCCCUUCCUCAACCACCUGAUGGUGUUGGUAGCUUCUUUGGCUUCAGCUGACAAUACAAUUAAAGAAUGAAAGACGGGCCGACGAGCUGGCUAGGUUUCUGACCCAGCACCACAGCUAUUGGCAGCCUGGAAAAUCCGGCUCCAAGAAGCGCCGCAGAAAAGGCGCUGCAAGCCUUCUUCCAGAUGACCACGGGCCCCAGAAGCCUGGGCCAGCGAGCCCGUGUGGGGUGCGGGCAGUGAAGUUUGCACGAGUGAAAAUUGUGCGGGGACUAGCGAUUCCAUCAUCAAAAUAAAGAGUUUCCUGUGCCCUCCUCUCAGGACCAGAAGCAGAGUCCACUUUAGUCUGUGAGCUGGGGAGAGGGAAGGAAGGGCAACCUUGCCCCUUGUCCUGUGGCGGCCCCUGCUGGCGGUGCUUCCACUGUUCAGCGCGGGGGGCCACCUUCAUCUCCGGUUGUCCGUUCUCCCCCAGAGGUAGCGGCCCGCGAGGGCCACGAAGUCCAGGCUGACUUAGCAGGGAGCCCUGUUGGCGGAGGCUGUGAGAAACCAAGUUAUUAGCCC